AUGGCGUCCAAAGGACUACGAAAAUGUAGAUUUGGAUUUUUUGUGUGUUUACUCUGUCGGUUUUGGAAUAUUGCGGGCGGUCAGAUUGUGUAUUCCUUGACGGAGGAAGCAAACCCAGGGACUACAGUUGGGAAUUUGGCGAAAGAUUUUAAUCUGAAUGUUCAGGAACUUGAGUUACGGGGGUUUCAUAUCGUCCAGGGACCCAACAAGAGGUAUUUCGAUGCAAAUAUCAAAACUGGUAUUCUUCAUGUCAGAGAGAGAAUUGAUAGAGAAGCGAUAUGCAUGCAAAAUAUCAAAUGCUCUCUUCCUUUAGAAGCUAUGAUUAACUCCCCUUUAAACAUAUACAGAUUGGAAGUUAAUGUCCUGGACAUUAAUGAUAAUGCGCCUGCAUUUCGGACUUCAAUAAUAAAAUUGAAUAUCAGCGAAUCAGCGUUUCCAGGGGAGAGGUUUCCGUUACAAACUGCGCUUGACGCAGAUGUGGGUAGUAAUUCGGUAAAGAGCUACAAGCUAAGCCCGAAUGAACAUUUUUCUCUGGAUGUUCAGAGCGGAGAAGAACAAAGUGUAUCUGCCGAGUUAGUGCUACAAAAAGCUUUAGACCGUGAAAAACAGCCUGUGAUCCAGCUCACACUGACCGCUGUAGACGGAGGAAAACCUCAAAAGUCUGGUACGACAGAAAUCAUAGUUGACGUAUUAGAUGUAAAUGAUAACAUUCCUGUUUUCAGCAAAUCAUUGUAUAAAGCUCGCAUCACCGAGAAUGCUGCGCCUGGUACACACGUCAUAACCGUUCAAGCUGUUGAUUUAGACGAGGGCAUCAAUAGUGAAAUUAUUUACACUAUUGUCAAUCACAAUAAUGACAAAACGGUAAAUUCAUUUUCUAUAAAUCCGAAAAAUGGACAAAUUAUUGUGCAACAUAACGUCGACUACGAGGACAAGACUGCAAUCGAACUUCGAGUACAAGCAAAAGAUAGAGGAUCAAACCCGAGAGCAGCACACUGUAAAGUAUUGAUCGAAAUCGUUGAUGUUAAUGACAACAUACCUGAGAUAUCUGUGACGUCUUUAGUAAAUACAGUUAAAGAAGAUGCUCCUAUUGAUACGAUGGUUGGAAUGAUAACUGUGACUGAUAAUGAUGCUGGUAAAAAUGGGCAGGUCAAUUUAAAAAUCCAGGGCUCUGUUCCUUUUAAAGUGCAGAAUUCAUACAAGAACUAUUAUACUUUAGUUGUUAACGGUCCUCUAGACAGAGAGAGUGCGUCUGAGUAUAACGUGACCAUCACAGCUACUGAUGAAGGGACUCCGCCUCUCUCUAGUACCAGUGUCAUUAAUGUACACGUUUCUGAUGAGAAUGACAACGUGCCGCGCUUUCCCGACCCUGUCAUUAAUGUUUAUGUGAAAGAAAACAGUCAGAUUGGAGCUGUUAUUCAUACUGUAUCUGCUUUUGAUCCUGAUGUAGGUGAUAAUGCUCGGAUCGCAUAUUCAAUAAUAGAGAUCUCUAAAAGCAGCCCGAUAACAUCCCUAAUCAACAUAAACUCGGACACUGGAGAUAUACACAGUUUACAGUCUUUUAAUUAUGAGGAGGUUAAAACGUUUCGGUUUAAAGUUCAGGCCACAGACUCUGGUGUUCCUUCGCUCAGCAGUAACGUGACUGUAAAUGUUUUUAUUGAGGAUAAGAACGACAAUAGUCCCGCGAUUCUCGCGCCCUAUUCUGAGCACGGUUCAGUUAACACCGAGAACAUUCCCUAUUCUGCUGAGGCGGGCUACUUUGUGGCCAAGAUCAGGGCUGUAGAUGCGGAUUCUGGUUACAAUGCGUUGCUCUCUUAUCACAUCUCUGACACCAAAGGAAACAAUCUGUUUCGAAUCGGAACCAGCAGCGGAGAGAUCAGGACUAAGAGGAAAAUGAGUGACAAUGAUUUGAAAACUCACCCGUUGAUCAUUUUGGUGUCUGAUAACGGAGAGCCCUCACUGUCAGCGACUGUGUCUAUUGAUGUCAUGGUUAUGGAAAGCAGAGGUGACGUCAAAACUCAGUUCAGACAUGUACCUAUCAAGGAGGAGAAUUUCUCGGAUUUAAAUCUGUAUUUGCUGAUCGCCAUUGUGUGUGUAUCUGUCAUCUUUUUACUGAGCCUCAUCAGUUUGAUAGCUGUAAAAUGCCACAAGACAGAUGGCAGUGUGGGCAGGUACAGCGCCCCAAUGAUCACCACCCACCCUGACGGGAGCUGGUCUUACUCCAAAUCCACUCAGCAGUAUGACGUGUGCUUUAGCUCUGAUACACUGAAGAGUGACGUAGUGGUUUUCCCUGCGCCUUAUCCGCCUGUAGAUGAAGAACUAAUCAGUAUUAAUGGAGGAGACACUUUUACCAGAACACAAACACUUCCUAAUACAGAAAAGCCACCGGAGUGA